AUGGGCUGCUUGAAAAGGAUUUUCUUUAGUCUCCAUUGUCAUCUUAGACGUUUAGUACCAAAGGCCUGUCCAAAAGAAUCUAGUAUUCCAGCUGGUACAGUGAUGUUUGCUAAUGGUGUACCUUAUACUUAUCAAAAUGGAAUGGCUAUUUACCAUGCUGCUGAUAUAGCCCAGCCACAGGGUGAUAAUGAAGUCGGGCGAACAGAGGCGUCAUCAGCCCAGGUAGAAUUCAUUCGUGGACUUCUCCUUAAGGCAAUAGCUUCUGUGCAGCCGACAUAUGCAAGUAACCCUUACUCUACAGCAGUCAUGAUUCCCCAAUCACCAACAGUUUACAUGGCCCCAACUGCAUAUCAAUCUGCUGCAGCUUAUCAGUCAGCAGCUGCCUACCAAACUGCUGCUGCUUACCAAUCGGCUGCUGUAGCAGCUGCUGCUGCGUAUCACCAACCACCAACUCCUCAAUGGACUACUUCACCACAAUGGCGUUGGACCCCACAGAGCCCAAGUCAACCAACAGCUAUAGCAGGCAAUCCAAGCUAUGUAUAUGCUAUGCACACAACACCCGAACUGAUGUAUGCCCAGCCACCACCAACAAGCAUGCAACCAUCAGAACUAGAUGCCUCCAGUUUACAGGAAGCUACAGCUGUUGAGGUAAUACCUGGUCAUUAUGCACUUUAGAUUAGUCAGUGGGUGUGUUCUAUUAUCAGUCCUGAACAAGUUUCUCACUCGCUAAGCUAAGCGAAGUACUAAUGCACUCAGAUUUGUUCAGGGACAAUAAACGAACACACUUGAUUGUUUAGAUUAGAAGACUAUCAAUUGUGGCAUUUGAUAAAAGCUUGUAAUUUUGUAUUUGUGUUUUUCUUUUCAAUUUCUGUAGAUAUUCUGCUCUGUUCUUAAGUCAAUUACACCAUUUUUUCCUUGAGCUCAAAAAACACAUGCUGUUGUUUUAUCAAAUGCCACACAAUUUUGCUUGAGAAGUACUAGUUUUUAAAUGGUUGAAAUUUUAUGUACAAGAAAGAAAAAAAAUGUUAUUUAAAGUCAUAUACAUCCAGACGCAAGGCCUUGUUGAUUUUUUUAUGGUAGCUUUUCAACAUAAUUGCUAUAGCGACAUUUUUGCGUUGUAGCUGUUGGCUAGUUGCCAAGGAGAUGUGAAAAAUUUAGCUCAACGUUGUUAUUUAUGUCCAAAGAAUAUAUAUGAAUAUGUUGUAUUUAUAUAAAUAUAUAUUUGUUAUUCCUCAUGACGUAAAGAAAUUUAUCUGAAAUUUU